GUGCGUUGUAGUGCUACAUAGUACCAUGUGGGCUUGUUGCUCCAUUCUUGGCACUCUUCCCUACUGACUGAGCUUUCUCUUCUCUGUGACUGUACCAUCAAACUUUUUGAGCCUUCUUUUCUUCACUCUUUGCUUUCUUGUGUAAAAGUAGAAAGAAAUGGCAGGUGGAGGAGGAGCAGCACCAGCAGCAAAGGCAAGUGAACCAGUUCCACAUCCACCAAAAGAUCAGCUUCCUAAUGUUUCUUACUGCAUUACUAGUCCUCCCCCUUGGCCUGAAGCUAUUCUUCUUGGAUUUCAACAUUAUCUUGUUAUGCUUGGUACCAUAGUUAUCAUUCCUACAGCUCUAGUUCCCCAAAUGGGAGGUGGAAAUGAGGAAAAAGCCCAAGUUAUUCAGACAUCGCUAUUUGUUGCUGGGGUGAACACCUUGUUGCAGUCUAUUUUCGGGACCAGACUGCCUGCUGUGAUGGGAGGGUCUUAUACCUUUGUUGCACCUACAAUCUCGAUUAUCCUUUCGGGACAAUGGAAUGACGAAGACCCUGUGUCGAGAUUCAAGAAGAUAAUGCGAGCCACCCAAGGUGCCCUUAUUGUUGCUUCAACCCUUCAGAUAGUACUAGGCUUCAGUGGUCUCUGGCGCAAUGUUACAAGGUUUCUGAGCCCACUUUCAGCUGUUCCUUUGGUUUCUCUUGUUGGCUUUGGGCUUUAUGAAUUUGGUUUUCCUGGGGUUGCCAAAUGUGUUGAAAUUGGGUUGCCAGAGCUAGUCCUUCUAGUAAUUUUCUCUCAGUAUUUGGUCCAUCUGAUACGUCCAGGGAAGAAUAUAUUUGGCCGUUUUGCUGUUCUUUUCACGGUGAUCAUUGUAUGGAUUUAUGCACACUUACUCACCGUGGGCGGGGCUUACAAUGGGAAGCCACCAAAGACACAAGCAAGCUGCAGAACUGAUCGUGCUGGACUCAUUGAUGGUGCUUCAUGGAUUAGUAUUCCUUACCCCUUCCAAUGGGGACCUCCUUCAUUCAAUGCUGGUGAAGCAUUUGCUAUGAUGAUGGCUAGUUUUGUUGCCCUUGUAGAGUCCACUGGUGCUUUUAUUGCAGUUGCAAGAUAUGCAAGUGCCACUCCCUUGCCACCAUCCAUACUUAGCCGUGGUGUUGGUUGGCAGGGUGUUGGAAUUCUACUAUCAGGAUUGUUUGGCUCUGGGAACGGAUCUUCUGUAUCUGUUGAGAAUGCUGGUCUUUUAGCACUGACACGUGUUGGAAGUCGAAGAGUUGUUCAGAUAUCCGCUGCGUUCAUGAUUUUCUUUUCAAUUCUCGGGAAAUUCGGAGCAGUCUUUGCUUCAAUUCCAGCACCCAUCGUUGGUGCUUUGUAUUGCCUUUUCUUCGCUUAUGUAGGUGCCGGAGGCUUAGGCUUCCUUCAGUUCUGCAAUCUUAAUAGUUUCCGCACCAAGUUUAUAUUAGGUUUCUCCGUCUUUCUGGGUUUGUCCAUACCACAAUACUUCAAUGAGUAUACUGCCGUUGCUGGUUAUGGACCUGUUCACACACAUGCAAGAUGGUUCAACGACAUGAUCAAUGUACCCUUUCAAUCGAAAGCUUUUGUGGCGGGUAUCGUGGCCCUUUUCCUAGACAACACGAUGCACAAAAAGGAUGGCCAGACAAGAAAGGACAGAGGCAAGCACUGGUGGGACAAAUUCAAGUCCUUUAAGACUGACACAAGAAGUGAGGAGUUCUACUCUCUCCCUUUCAAUCUGAACAAGUAUUUCCCAUCUGUGUGACUGGGGACACCAUGGAGACAAAGGUUCAUACUUCUACUAGAGUCUUGCUUUCCCCCUUUCCACUUAAAGCUGUGCUUGUGGUCGGGGCAGGGGGGAGGGAGGCUGCUGCCGCAACAUCAAUUUUCUUUCUUAUGUACCCCCUUACGUGCGAAAAGAAGUAUAAAUAGUCUGACCAUUUUGAGGGAGCUCAGGACAACAGUUAUUAGUUUAAGUAUUUCUUAAUGUUGUAAAUUCAUGGUUAUAACUUAUAUGGAUUUAACUAGCCAUAGAGCAUGCAAUCCUUAUAUGGA